UCUCUCUACGAUUCUUCUUCCUUCCUUUUUCAACACACAUGUGAACCAAAUCAUCAAAUAUGCAGAACAACCACAUGGCUUUUCAUCAUGUUUUCAUCUCCAUUACUUCACCUAUAACUUCCUACAAACCCUAACUCCACUCAUUUCACUUUUACUCCAAUUACUCCACUCAAUUUCUCUAUAUUCACUUGCUAUUGCAGAUUGUGAAGCUUACGUCAUCGCCAUUGAAGAUCUAAUUCAUCACAUUCGUGCGAUUCAUCAAUUGAAGUUCGAAUUCAAAGUGUUUGGAUGCAAAUUGUUUCGAAUUGAACAGUUGUAGGUGUUGAUUUGAAAGAGGAAUAGUCGAUCCAGGGUUUAUACAGUCGGCAUUUACGGUUUGGAGUGUAGCAGCGCCAUUUAAUGGCGCUGUUUAAGCGGUUUUUUUACCGGAAACCGCCGGAUCGGCUGCUUGAGAUCUCCGAGAGGGUUUACGUUUUCGAUUGCUGCUUCUCGACUGAAGUACUUGGAGAAGAUGAGUACAAGGUUUACAUGGGUGGCAUUGUGGCCGAGCUACAAGACUACUAUCCUGAUUCAUCUUUCAUGGUUUUUAACUUUAGAGAAGGUGACAAAAGGACUCAAAUAUCAGACAUAUUAUCGCAAUACGAUAUGACGGUAAUGGAAUACCCUCGGCAGUAUGAAGGGUGUCCGAUGUUACCAUUGGAAAUGAUCCAUCACUUUUUGAAAUCUAGUGAAAGCUGGCUCUCGUUAGCGGGUCAACAAAACGUGCUUCUAAUGCACUGUGAAAGGGGUGGGUGGCCCGUGCUUGCAUUUAUGCUUGCGGCUCUUCUUCUGUUUAGGAAACAAUAUAAUGGUGAACAAAAGACGCUUGAAAUGGUGUAUAAACAAGCUCCUAGAGAGCUUCUUCGUCUUUUAACACCUUUGAAUCCACAACCGUCUCAACUGAGGUAUCUUCAGUACAUAUCCCGGAGAAAUCUAGGUUCUGAUUGGUCGCCCUCAGACACACCAUUGGCUUUGGAUCAUAUCAAACUUAAAUCCCUUCCUUUGUUUGGUGAAAAGGGUUGUAGACCUGUCAUUCGAAUCUACGGUCAGGAUUCAUCUUCGACAACAGCCAAUAGGAGCUCUAAGCUUUUGUUUACAUCCUCUAAAACCAAAAAACAAGCCCGCUACUAUCAACCGGAAGAGUGUGAACUGGUGAAAAUUGAUAUCCGUCACCGUGUUCAAGGAGAUGUGGUUCUUGAAUGCGUGCAUUUGGAUCAUGUUAGGGAGGAAAUGAUAUUCAGAGUAAUGUUUCACACAACGUUUGUGCGAAGCAGUGUACUUAUUUUGAGUCGUGACGAAGUUGACGUUAUGUGGGAUGCAAGAGAUCAGAUACCAAAGAACUUUAAAGCAGAGGUAUGUUUUUCGGAUGCUGAUGCUCUACCAUCUAUGAUCACCACAGAAGCAGAAUUUGACGACAAGAACGGGACCGAAAGUCCUACACAUGAAGAGUUUUUUGAGGUAGAAGAGAUUUUUAGUAAUGCGGUUGAUGGGCAAGAUGGUCUUUCACCUAAAGGUGGUGAUUUGGUCUUGAAGAAAGAACCUGAAAAUAGGAUCUACGAAAAUGGUGGUUUGAAGCUUACGGUGGUGGUUGCUAAUGAAGAUGAUAAGACAGAUGGGAUUGUGAAGGAAAUAAAGAUGGAGGGGGUAAAAGGUAAACAAGAGAAAGAAGAGGGUGCAGGGACGAAAUUGACUAGAAAAAAUUCUGUUAAUUUAAAAGUUGGUUUGGAUGGUGUUGGAAAGCAAAAGGGUAAGCCGGAAAUAGGGGCGAAUGCAAAUGUAAGACUUGCGAAGCCGAAUGUGGUGUCUAGGUGGAUCCCACCUAAUAAAGGGCCAUAUACUAACUCGGUACAUGUGGCGUAUCCGCCUACUAGAUAUAAUAGUGCACCGCCUCUGCUAGCUGCUCUGUUAGAGGAAGACAAAAAGUCGCUCGAAGUUGGUGUGAAUAAAACAGAGAGUAAAAGUAGGAAACAGGUUGUUGACUCUUGUGUUGGUAAUUUGGAAGAAAAGUCAACUAAGGUUACGUCACCACUUCCUCCAUUACCGUCACCUCAUCCUUCAACUGCAAGGGUUACUCCGGUACAAGCUACAAGCAAGGCCCCUCCUCCACCACCGCCACCACCUCCGCCACCUCCGAUAUGUGCAGCUCCAACCCUUCCGCCAUAUCCGCCACCCCCACCUCCACCUCCACCUCCAAUGAGUGGCGGACCACCUACACCUCCGCCACCCCCGACACGAGUACUCCCACCACCCCCACCACCACCUCCAAUGAGCAGAGGGCCACCCCCACCUCCGCCACCUCCGAUCCGCGGAGCACCUCCACCUCCGCCACCUCCAAUCCGUGGAGCACCUCAACCUCCAUCACUACCAGGUGGUGGUCCACCGCCAUCACCGCCACUGAUGCGGGGACCACCUCCUCCACCACCACCACCUGGAGGCCGUGCACCUCCACCGCCUCCACCUGUUGCUCGUGCACCUGGACCACCUCCACCGCCUCUGCCUGGUGCUCGUGCGCCUGGACCACCACCUCCCCCUCCACCUGGUGCUCGUGCACCUGGACCACCACCUCCGCCUCCACCUGGUGCUCGUGCACCUGGGCCACCACCUCCGCCUGGGCCGCCAAGACCUCCAGGUGUUGGGCCUCCACCACCUCCGCUCGGACCUCGUGCACCUGGACCUCCAAGCAACGGUCCUAUUCCCCCUAGAGGUCGAGGACUCAUGCGUCCAGCUGGAACGGCUACAGCAGCACGGAGAUCUAAUCUAAAGCCACUGCAUUGGAGCAAGGUUACCCGUGCCUUGCAAGGAAGCUUGUGGGAAGAAUUGCAAAGACCUGGAGAACCUCUAAGUGCACCCGAUUUCGAUGUGUCAGAACUUGAGACAUUAUUCUCCGCUAUAGUCCCAAAGAAAGAUACUUCUAAAGGAGGGCGUCGCAAAUCUACUGGUUCAAAACCUGAGAAAAUUCACUUGGUUGAUUUAAGGAGGGCCAAUAACACGGAAAUCAUGCUCACGAAGGUUAAGAUGCCACUUCCCGACAUGAUGGCUGCAGCUUUAGCUAUGGAUGAAUCAAUCUUAGAUGCCGAUCAAAUAGAGAAUCUUAUCAAGUUCUGUCCUACUAAAGAAGAGAUGGAGCUCCUCAAGAAUUAUGCAGGUGACAAGGAGACGUUGGGCAAGUGUGAACAGUUCUUCCUGGAGCUCAUGAAGGUGCCACGUGUGGAAUCGAAGUUACGUGUUUUUCUAUUCAAAAUUCAAUUCAACACUCAGCUCUCAGAGUUUAAGAAGAGUUUGAACACUGUGAACAAUGCAUGUGAUGAGGUCCGCAACUCCGCUAAAUUGAAGGAAAUCAUGAAAAGAAUCCUGUAUUUGGGGAAUACAUUAAAUCAAGGAACUGCUAGAGGUUCCGCAGUUGGUUUCAAGUUGGACAGUCUUUUGAAACUCACCGAUACACGCGCUUCCAACAGCAAGAUGACUUUAAUGCAUUAUCUCUGCAGGGUUCUUGCCUCUAGGUCACCGGCCCUUUUAGAUUUUCAUGUGGAUCUUGUUAGUCUUGAGUCUGCAACUAAGAUACAAUUGAAGUCUUUAGCAGAAGAAAUGCAAGCAAUCAUUAAGGGACUGGAAAAGGUUAAACAAGAACUAGUUGCAUCUGCAAAUGAUGGUCCUGUAUCCGAAGUUUUCCAUAAGACAUUAAACGAGUUCAUCGGCUUUGCUGAGUCAGAAGUGGCAUCUGUAACAAAUUUGUAUUCUGUAGUGGGUAGAAAUGCUGAUGCAUUAGCCCUAUAUUUCGGUGAAGACCCUGCUCGUUGCCCUUUUGAACAAGUUACUCAGACCCUUUUAAAUUUUGUGAGGCUAUUUCGAAAAGCUCACGAAGAGAACUAUAAACAGGGUGAACUAGAAAAAAAGAAGGCUCAAAAAGAGGCUGAAAUGGAAAAAGCAAAGGUAUCAACUUAACAAAGAAAGUCGAAAAAAUAAGUUGAAUGGAAAUUUUUUCUUCAUAUUAUCCGGUCAAAGGGUCGGGCGGGUCAAUGUAAGCCCAAUGCUAGCCACAGCCACACGUGAAGUGAACCGAAUUGUAAAGCCCGUGGCUGCAUGCACAAAAAAAAACCCUAGAUUGCAAACAACUCUGCGGAGCAUACGUACAUACAUACAUACAUACACAGAGCAAGAUGCACGUGUUAUCGGGGAACGGGGAGAUGUAAAACUUAUGUGACCUUAAGUUCUAUUUUGAGUUGACCACAUGAGAUGGGGGGUUGGUUGACCUGUAUAGUGAUUAACCAUGUAUAUAUGCUAACAUUGAUAUUUGAUUAUUCGGUUUGUAUUAUUAGAGUAAAUUGGUCAUCUAAGAGUUUUAGAACAGAAACAGGCCAUGAAAUGUGCUUGUACAUAGAACCAGGUAGAUGAUAACAAGUUGGGAAGAUAGGCUACCAUUGGUGUAACAAAAGUGCAGAUUUAGACACAUUUUAUUAAUUGUAGAAUGGGAAAAAAAUCAAGUAUUA